AUGCCACACGACCGAGCCCAGCAGCAACGAGAAGAGCGCGAGCUAUCGGACACGAGCGACGUUGAAGCGGAGGACGAGGAGCUGGUUUUCAUGUCGAUGCUCUACGAUCGAGGCGAGUUAGGUGUCGCCAUCUACAACGCCCUGACGACGAGUCUCAAGAUGCUGCAGCUCCAUAUCGAAGAUGCACAGGAGCUAGAGGAGAUCCUGGACCGGCUGCACACACAGUUUGCAGUGCACCACGUGCUUGUUUCGUCUCGAAACGCGAGUUCAAACGGGAUGCUCCGUAUGAUCAAGAACCUUGACGAGAAGCACCAGACAAAGACAGGGAUUAGCAUCCGAAAGCAUUCCGGUGAGACUAUCCUUUUUACAGGUCCUGCGUUGGAUUCCAAAGCUGCUUUGCUGACACGUUCGACCGCUUUGGUGGCAGAUUUCAGCUACUUGAAAGCUAGUCAAGCCAUUGAGCAUGUCCAAAUUGGGAAUGCCCCUGCUGAGUUAAAGAAGUCUCAGACACGCUCGUCGAGGUACCCUUUGCAUGGUAGUAAACGGAAGACUGCUAGUGAUGGAUUCAAACGUUUGUCGUACAGACGGGACGUCUACACGUUUCUCGGAAGCUUUUUUGAUUUUGAGAGUACGCAGCUGAUUCGUGCUACGGGUGCUUUGCUGCUGUAUUUGUCCAUCGAGAAGAUUGGCAAUCAGUUGGAUGAUGUGAAAGCCGUGUAUUUCUCAACAGUGGAGCAAGUUGCACUUGAUGGGUUUAUGUACAUUGACAAGGCCACGCUCCAGUCCCUCCAGAUAUUCAAUCAUGAGGCACAUCCUUCACUCGUAAAGGGAUCAGGGCGAGCGAAGGAAGGCUUCAGUCUAUUCGGACUUCUCAACCGCACCGUAACCAAAUCUGGCGCGUGUGUGUUGCGCCGUUGGAUGCUUGCUCCACUGGUAAGCAGUGCACAAAUUGACGAGCGUCACGAUUCGGUCGCAUUUUUUACGAAUGCUGAGAACGACGAGCUUCGGCAUCUAUUGUAUGGAAAGCUGAAACAUUUCAGAGACGUGGCUGGGAUUUUUCAGCGCGUUAAGAAGCGCUGCGCUUCAGUCGGUGAUUGGUGUCGUUUUGCCGCCUCCAUUACGACAUUUCUGGAAGCACAGUCCCUUAUCGAAGGCAGUAGCAAUUCUGUCAAUUCACUCCCACCCAGCCUGUUUGAAAGGGUAGUAAAAGAGCGAGGUGUUGUCCACAUUGGUAACCUGCUGGGAAACGUUGUGGACUUCAUCGAGAGCCAGCAAGAAAACACAGUAGUUAUCCGGAGUGGUGUAUCAGAAGCAUUGGAUGCGGCUCGAGAGCGCUAUGAAGAUCUUGACAAUAUUUUAGCAGAAGUUGCAUUUCAGGUCCAAGAGGCUAAUCCGAUCCUGUCGUCGAUCACGGUCCAGUAUAUCCCCCAAGUUGGGUAUGUCAUCUGCUGCGAGUCCCCCACAACGCUUCCAGACUUUGUAUUCCAGUUCCAAGAAGAUGACACAACGUUCUAUUACAAGGAUACGAGUUGCCGCGACUUAGAUGGGUCGAUCGGGGACAUCUACGGCUAUCUGCUCGACACACAACGAGAAAUCCUGGAAGAGUUGACGGUGGCAUUAUUGGAGUACGAGGGCAGCAUUCAUGAAAUGACGUGGAUCAUGUCGUAUCUGGAUUGCUUGAUUUCGUUCGCAUCCUGUGCAAAAAGCUUCAAUUUUACCCGCCCCCAGAUAAACGAAAGCAGCACCUUCAAGGCGACUCAAGCGCGUCACCCUCUCCAAGAGCUUUUAGUGGAGCACUACAUUCCCAACGAUGUUUUUUUGGAUUCUACUCAAUCGCUGAAAAUAGUGACUGGACAAAAUGGAUCGGGAAAAUCUGUGUAUCUGAAAAUGGUCGGUAUCAUACAAUACAUGGCUCAAGUCGGAUCUUUUGUGCCAGCGGAUAUGGCGGAGAUUGGACUGGUCACAAAAAUCUUUACCAGAAUCCAGAGUAUGGAAUCUGUAACGGUGUCGCAGAGCUCCUUCACAAUUGACUGCAAUCAGAUGGCAUGGAUGCUCAACCACGGAGACGGUCGCUCGUUGUUUUUGGUCGAUGAAUUUGGAAAAGGAACGGCCGAGCUCGAUGGAAUUGCUUUGCUCAGCUCGAUCAUCAACUACCUGGCCAGAUGCAGCGUUUCGACUGGGAGACCUCGGGUUGUGGUGACGACCCAUUUUCUGGUAUUUCGGAGUACUUCCUCUUAUGUUGCAACCAACGCUAACGCCUGCAUUCAGGAUAUAUUCCGCAAAAAACUGCUUGAGCCGUCACUGUUGAUUGACCACUCACCAUCGAAGAAUGAGGAAAUGCAAUCCGGAAACUCGUCUGACACGGGUGGAGUAGUAUGUACCGUCAUGGCGUCAACCGAUGCACCGGAAUCGUAUUCGGCAGCAUCAAGCUCUGUUCCACUUUUUGAGCUGCGCCACGGUGUAUCAAAUCACAGCAAUGCAUUGGCAUGUGCUGCAAAGUGUGGAAUACCACACGCGCUAGUCGAAAGGGCUCAAGAAGUACUAGAUUGUAGUAAACGCGGGUUACCAAUAUCGUCUCGACAGCAGACGGCAGGACCGUCACCCGAGGAGCAGCUUGCUGUGUUCUUCGCAUCGAUCGACGACUGGGAAGGUGCGGACGAUGAAACUAUCGCCAAAUUCUUAGCUAUUGCAAGAAUGGGUAUGCAAUAA